AUGCCCGCCAUCAGGCACGCUUCAAAGCGCAAGCCGCCGCCGGACGGCUUCAGCGACAUCGAGGAUGACCUGCUCAUCUUCAGCAACAAGAUGAAGGACGCACAAAACACACCGACCGACAACAUCCCAAAGCACCAGGCCCAGUGGCCCAUAUUCGAGAUCUCCCAUCAGCGGAGUCGGUACAUCUACGAGCUCUACUACGAGAAGGAGGCGAUUAGCAAGAAACUCUACGACUGGCUGCUGAAGAAUGGCUACGCGGACGCCAUGCUGAUCGCGAAGUGGAAGAAGCAGGGCUAUGAGAAGCUGUGCUGCUUGCGCUCAAGGAAGAUCAAGACAUACAAUGUGUCAGUUGUGGAUGCAGAGGAUGCGCCUCGAGUGACUGAUUACCAUACCGAACACGAGACAACGGGCGAACCGCGCAGAGCGUAA